CUGUCGAUAAAGACAAGAGGUGCCGCUCUGUGACUCUAGGAAGUCGAGCCGGUCCCCUAGGCUCCUAAAUAUUUCCAUUCAUCCCAAGUCACAGGAAGUGAUAAGAGCUGAGCGAGAUCGAAGGCUGUACUCAGCAGCCUGUCAUUACCAGCUUAGAAGCCGCGGUUCAGCCGCCGACGCUGACUGUUCCCAGCGGAAACGGUUGUCACGGCGAGAAGGGAGCCCAUUUGUGAUUGACAACGGGACUAGCCAAUAAUUAUCCAACUUGUGGGCGGGGUCUGCCUCAUUGCCCAAUCAGCUGUGCAGUCUUUCCGAUAUGGGCCAAUGAGUGGCUGGAAGGCGGGACAUCCGGCGGAGCGGGGCGCGGGAGGCGGCCAUGGCGAAGACCUACGAUUAUCUCUUCAAAUUGCUGCUGAUCGGCGACAGCGGCGUCGGCAAAACGUGUGUUCUCUUCCGCUUCUCAGAGGACGCCUUCAAUACUACCUUCAUCUCCACGAUCGGUAUUGAUUUUAAAAUCCGAACAAUUGAAUUGGAUGGGAAAAAAAUCAAACUACAAAUAUGGGACACAGCUGGGCAGGAACGCUUUCGAACAAUCACCACUGCAUACUAUCGCGGGGCCAUGGGAAUCAUGUUGGUGUAUGAUAUCACGAAUGAAAAAUCUUUUGACAACAUCAAGAACUGGAUCCGGAAUAUCGAAGAGCAUGCUUCUGCUGAUGUAGAGAAAAUGAUCCUUGGGAACAAGUGUGAUGUGAAUGAAAAGAGGCAAGUCAGCAAAGAACGUGGAGAGAAGUUAGCCAGUGACUAUGGAAUCAAAUUCAUGGAGACCAGUGCAAAAGCAAAUAUCAAUGUGGAGAAUGCGUUUUUCACACUUGCCAGAGACAUCAAAGCAAAAAUGGACAAAAAACUGGAAGGCAACAGUCCCCAAGGCAGUAAUCAAGGAUUACGAAUUACCUCAGAGCAGCAGAAAAAGAGCAACUUCUUUCGUUGUCUUCUCCUGUAGUGAACAUUGCCUUAAAAGAAACAGCUCAAGCUCUCACUGACUUCAAGUGGAGUGUGCACGCUCUGAGCUUUUCCUGUAUGGAUGGACACUUGCUCUGGACAAGCCCUGUCGUGCUAUUGAAGGCCUACAGAGAUCGAGCAGCUGAGAAUUUUUUUUUAGCUUUUAGGACCUGUCUGAUGAUUACCUCAGGAGUGGCAAUGUGCGAGUCAGAAUCUUCUGAUGGGAAUCCCUCCGUUUUACUGAUUUCCAAUCUAUUGGGGUGUGAUUGUUUGGAAUCCUAAUUUUCCAUGUCCUGUUUUCCCCUCUGGUUUUCCUUUUGUUUUGGUUUCCCCCUACAAAUCUUGUGUUGUGCAGAUGCUGUGGUAUUUCCAUUGAUCUUACUGUGCAAUAUUCUGCAAUUCCUGUUGUCAUGGCUUCACAUUCAAUGCGCUGUACUUAUCAGUGUGUUCCAGUGAUUGCACUUUUUCUUCUGCCAGUAAUUGAACGUCAUUAUCAUGUGUACCUUGGAGACCUUAAUGGUUAUGCAAAGGAGCAGCCCAAAUAUCGACUUUCAAACCUAAAGGCAGAUUUCCCUAUGUAGCUCGUUCCCUAUGGUGGUGACAUACUACAUACAGCAGAGUUGUUCUGGAUCAGAUGUGAGUUGAAGUAUGUUGAAGCAGUAGUAUGUUGAAGUGUAGUUUCGGAUGUAGUACCUCCAGUUUAACACAGGCAAUUAGUCUGUAUCACUGUGUACAGCAGACUAGACCUUGACAACAAACCUGGGAUAAACUCUGCUCACCACUUCCUUGUGGUGCUUCCUGUGGUACUGCUACAAUCUGAGCCAGUUUUAAUUGUUAGACUGGAUUGAACAGAAAUGGCUAGAAAUCAGAAGGCAAAACAGAAUUCUGAUAAUUAUUGCUGCAAACUGUCUGCUUCCCUGAUGUUGUCUGAGAAAGGAUGUCUUCAAGAAUGAAAUGGAGGGAGGAAUCCAGGAGGGAGCAGGAUAAGACGGAUAUGGUGAUAUCCUCCUUUUUGUACUUGCUGAUGUUGAAUAGCCAUGAAUUUAUCAGCACUUGACCAGUGGAGCCGGCUAAACCAUAUUUUGAAUAGUAUUUGGAUGUUAAUGCUUAAACUGAUGGGAGUCUGUGCUGUUUAAAUCAUGCCAUUAUUGUAAGCAGGGUAAUUAUUUACCAAUUGCAAGUGUCUAGUUUAAUGAAUUAAAGGCUUAAAGCACAGUAAGCAGGUCCUAAAAAUUCAGCUUAUGCAUAAUUCUCAAACUUGAGUACUGGAAUAGUAAAACCCCUCAGGGAGGUUAAAUGCACUUUUAGUUGAUGAGCGAUGCUUAAUAGCUGUCAUCUCCCUAGUAUUUGUGGAACAGGAGAGAUCUGUGAAUUGGAGUGUACCAGUAGAUUUGCCUCUUGCACUAUCCAUUCCUGAGCCAGUCCCUGUUUGUGACUAUCACUGUAUAAACCUAAGCACUGGGCAGUAAAUUGUACCAGAAUUUGCUGAUAGUACUAUUUUUAUUAGUCCUUUAACGUGGAAGUAUUCAUUUGGAGUUCCCUCACAGCCGGGCUGUAGCUGUGUUGCUAUGAUAGACAAAAGGAGAAAGGUCUAAAAUAUAACUUUAAUUCUUAGAAUAUUGUAUUUUUUUAAAAAAGUACAAUGAAAGGAAACAAAUUAUCUUCCAAUCUUUGCCCUCUCCUCUGGCCCAAUACAGAUCGAGGUGGUGUAUGUGCCCUUAUGUUAAGUUGCUGCUCCCAAACUAGAAGGGAAAACCAGGAAUA